ACUUUUUUCUAUUUUCAUCAUCAUAUCCGUCAUGCUGUUGAAAUUGGAGUGUGAAUAUUGAAACUCAGCGUGAUUCUGAUGUAAUUCAAAUCAUUGCAUCAUUUCAUCAUGGAUUUGGAAACUAAUUAUUUUCCAAUAUCAUUUGUAAAUAUUCCUAUUCAUAAAUUUGAAUACUGGGUCUUACCUAAGAUAAGUGACAUUGAAUUGAGUAAAUUAAUCAACGAAUUCAGCAGAAAUUUUUAAAUUUGUUCUACGGUUGUUUCUAUGAAAAUGGUUUCAUCUAUAUACCUAAUAAUAAUAUGAUUCAACAACUUUAUGAUAAACAAAUUGAAUUUAGACAUAAUAAUUAUCGUUUAAUUUUGAACAAAAUUGUUACAUUUAAAUCAUUUGAAUCAAGUGAUAUUGAUAUGAAAAAAAUUAUCGAAUUUCGUUAUACACAAAAACGUAAAAAGAUUACUUCAUUGUUUUGUAUUGAAAGAAUCAAUCUAAAUGAAUAUCCAGUGCAAUCGAUUUGUGUCGGAUUUCGACUAAAUAUUAUGAUGAUGAGGAAUAUGCUUUUGAUGAAUAUAACAAGAUCGGUGAUUGCAUCCAACUAUCGUGGUAACGUUAUCAAUGUAUAUAAUUUGCCACGUGUUCGUGAUCUAUUUAUUAAAAAAUCAAAUAUCGAUUUGAAAAGCUAUUUUAAAUGCAUAAUCCAAUGUUCAAAAGAAAUAUCUGAAUGUUUAUCCGAUUACGGCAUACGUUUAUCAUCAACACCAUUAAAAACGACUGGUUAUAAAUUGUCAAAACCAAAAUUAUUGCCAGAAAAUGAUGAACAUAAACCAUUCUAUAUGAUACCACCGAAAUCAAUGGACUGGGUUUUAUACAUAUUCGAUGAGAAUUUUAAUGCAUUGAAAAUGGAUCAAUUUAAAUUCUUAUUCUAUGAACGAGCUAAAUUCUAUGGCAUUAAUCUGAAAAGUUGUCCUGAUUCCUCUUUUAUUCAAGUGAAAAAUGCAACUGAUAUUAGGGAUAUCAUUUCUGAUAUGAAACAAAAAAUGACAAUUGACUUUGCACUUUUCGGCAUUUGUCGUGGAAGUAAACUUGAUAAUUUUGAAAUUUAUGAAUUAAUCAAAUACUAUGGUAAUACAGUUUACGGUAUCGUUAAUCAAGUUUUUUGCACCGAUAAUUUGUAUCCAAAUAAUCGUUAUAUGGACACUUUAAUAAUGAAAAUAUGUAUGAAAAUCGGUGGCCAACCAAAUAUUGUACAUCCAUAUCAUUGGAAUCGUUUUCCAUUCGAUCCUGAUACAACGAUGAUCGUAGGAAUCGAUGAUUUUGUCAAAACUUUCCAGCGAAUAAAAUUAAAUUUCAUUUCAUUUGUUGGUACUGUUGACGAUAUAUUUAUUCGAUAUAUAUCGGAAAUACGAAUUUUUCGAAAACUCGACGAUAGUGUUUAUGAAUCAAUGUUCGCUAAUUUAUUGGAUGAAUAUCAAAAAAGAAAUGAUUAUUUUCCAACAACAAUAAUUAUAUUCCAAAAAUUUCCAAUGGGAGAUUUUAAAAAAGUUCUUACAUCAAAAUCAUUGAAUAAUGUUAAAUUAACAGUCAUUUAUGUGGAUAAAUUUACAUCAUCACAUUUUAUGCCAUCAACAAUGACUAGUUCAUCAUCAUGUUUGAACGAAGAAAUCAGCAACCACAAUGGAACCAGUGUUAAUAUGAAUUUUUUAUAUCCUAAUUUAAAUGAUAAUCUAUUGAAAGAAUUCAUUAUCAAUAUUAAAUCACCAACAUUCGAUAUAGAACAAGAGCAAAACCAACAAUAUUUGAAACCAAGUCUUUAUACAAUUUUUUUGGAUGAUUGUAAUUUCACUUUGGAACAACUACAGGAUAUUUGCUUCACAAUGUGUCAUUAUUAUUAUAAUUAUUUUGGUUGUAGCACUAUACCGGCACCAAUGGAAUAUGCAUAUCGAUUUGCUCGUGAUGCUUGCUCUAGAUUUGCCGUACAAAGUGUUGAUCUACCAUCAUCCGAACAAUCAACGAUCGAUGAAAUGAUUGAAUAUUUUCAUCAAAAUUCAACAAUUCAUGAUAAUCUUGAAUAUUCCAUAUUUUGAAUAUUAAUAAUAAUAUAUAUAAUCAAUGAAAAUUGAACGAUUUUUUAAUAAUCAAUAUAAUCAAAAAUAUGUUUAUUUAUAAUGGCCAUAAUUGUAAACGUUUACCGCUAAAUUUAUUUAAUUCAUUCAUUUGAUUAUGUCGACUAAAAUUACUUAUUUCAUAUGCAUAUUUGUAAUCUUUUUCAAUAAAUUUAUCGUUCAUCAUUUUA